AUGGAACAACUGACAGUUAUUUCGAGGGUCUCUGCUGACGAUUUCAAGACAGACAGGUAUGCUUGCCGUUUAUUUGUAAAUAUUUAUCAAGUCGAGUCCAAUGAUAUCUGUUGAUCGAUGUGAAAGCAUUUGGUUGAGGACGCUGGGUUUCUCGCCGACGCCCUGAGUUGCUACCCUAAAGAGGCCAUAGAACCAAUGUGUUUGCAGACGGUCACAUGAGAUUUGCACGACUUAUUAGCCUGAUUACUGUCUAAUCAGUCCUAGAAUCAAUAAGAUUUUGUUUAGGGUACUGAUUUAGGCGAGGUAGACUGAAAUGACCGUUUCUAGUCUAUAAGACAUCAUCAGACGGGCGCACAAAGUCUCACCUUUUGAAGCACUUGGUGUUCGAACCCAGGGUCUUUGUUCAUUGUAGCGAACGCUCUGCUAUUGAGCCACGGUCCUGUUCUAUUCCUAGUGUCAUUUUUCCUCAGGAUUCGCUGAAGUCCAUCCGCAUGAUGGGAAACAAGUUCCAACCCGAGAAAGACUUGACUAAUUUACGUCAAAUGCGCCAUUUAUUGUGGUACAUGAUCCGAGCCAAGGACGCAAGGCAGCGACCGUUUAGAUUCGGUGAGUUUGAGGGUCGAUUGCGCUUCAUCGUGUUAGUGGUCAGUUUAGCCCAUUCAGAUAAGAAGGGGCGAAAACUCGCCCGCGGCUCCGUACCUGUAGUGGUGUCGACAAUCCAGGCGUCAGGGAGUUCUGAGAAGCUCCAUGCUCACUGAAAACCGGAAGACUGCAGCUGCGUCAGGCAGCGACAUAAGAUCGACGAAACACGGGUGUCUGGGCUUUUAGCUAAUACCUGUGUUUCUAGUACGGUAAAUCAUUGCACAUAUCUAUACUACUGGCUGCCUGUCGGCGGUUUGUGAAGAUUAAGCGGUUAUUCCGCAGUAGCUGAUGGAUUUCAGAUCAAAUAUUCAUAUCAAAAUUUGGAGCGUACCUGAUUAGGCCCGUUUCGAAAAAUUUACUUCAAGUUCGCGCAUUAAUUUCCUCGGAAAUUAAACAGGACAAGUUAAAACUGGAGUUCAUAUACCAGAAAACACACGGGGAAAGCUGGGGGACCCACUGACGGGUCGAACCUCUCGCAGCUGCGUCAGGCAGCGGCAUAAGAUCGGCGAAACACACGUGUCUGGGCAUUUAGCUAAUACCUGUGUUGUUAUUACGGUAAAUCAUUGCACAGAACUGUAUUUAAUGUCAGCGUUGGCACACAAAUCAAAGCAUUUGUCCGAAAAAAUCAAGGAUAAGAAGAAGGUGAGUGGAUUGGGAGGGGCUGCAAAAGUCCUUACGUACCACCGAAGGUACUCAAGGAGAUAUUGCUGUCUGGGAUGUGAAUCGUAAUGUCAUCUAACGAGAUGUUCUGAUUUCUCGAGAGGGAGCCAAAUGUGUCCUUUAUACCUCAUAUUUUACCAUCGUUCACAGUGUGAAGGAUCUUGGCUGAAUGCCAGAAGGAACACGGAGCGAGAGAGAGAGGGAGGCAUGAGAAAACUUGCGUAACGGCAAUCUAACAUGAUAGUAGCGCUGAAAAAGGAUUCAGACGCGUGAGGGUCUUUUUGAAUUUCAUGCAGAAUCUCUGGCAGGAGUCCUCGCCUUGUCUGGGGCGUCAGAGUGCGCGCAACGACUGCCGUAAAUACUGUAAUGGCGUUUCUUGAAACAGUGAUGGAUUUCUUUUUGUCUGGUUCACUGACACGGCCUUCGCCGCGGACUACGAGAAGAACUGCAGUGCGGCCUUCAGCUUUCCCACUUGAAACUAAAUCAGAGUGCUCUCACCGUCGACUUCAGAAUCGUUGAUAUGACUGGAUGUGAGUUGAAGGCGAGAUAGACGAAUAUUAUUCAAGGGAAUCCCAGCUGACGUGAAGGUCACUUCUACUUCGGGCAGGGACGAGCGCAGGCGGAAGAGAUCAUUGAAGUGGAACGCAUGUAUAACUUGUUUUAGUUCACAAACACCAAUGUCUCUGUCAAAACUCGAUUAAAAUCGGAGUGGCGUUCACGGAGCUAUCCGGAUUUCAUGGUCUUACGCGCUGGAUCACACACUGACGGUCAAUUACAAAACUGUGCGGGUUAUAGACAAAUGGCAGGAACAUUGAAAUGAGCACUUGCAAUUUUUUUGCCGCCGAGAAGGCAGUCAAACCCGAAUUGCAGGCCGGAGGCCCUGAGACUUGAAUUCGGGCUCAGGUGACCAGCUGGUCCCAUCGCUUGAAUCUCGACUUGCACGUGCAGUCAGUAGCGUUCAUUGACCUUUCCUUUUUUGCUGACGUAAUGAAUCCAAAUUCAGAUUUUGGUCCCCCCAUAUGAGGUCGGCUGUUGUCGACUGAUGACGGUAAACGAGCCGGAGACGAAACCUCAAGUUCUCUGUCAGUUUUGACAAUGCUCCCCCAAGUCCGACUCUUCUUGGCUCCAAUGAGUGGAUAAGAAGUUUACCCUUCAAAGAUGCUUGUAACUUACAGAUUAAGUAUCGACGUUUUCUGGCGAGGGGUGUCAGGAUGUGUUAGGGGUUGGUCCGCCGAGUGAACUAGGAAAUUACUUAUAACACAGUAAAGAAACAUCUUUAAAGGUGAAUCUCGGUCUGUUUCUUGUUUGUUUAGUCAGGUAAACUCUGGGCAGGCUCAUGGUUCCGGAUUAACACGGCUGACUUGAUCACAUCUCAUGGUCGACAACUGGGAUGAUCUGGAUAUAACUUUUGCGCCGAUUCGCUACUCUAUCAAGCAUGUCUAGAAGCAGACAAUGGGUUUCUUGCUAAAAAAUAACUGAAAUUAGCUCUCAUUCGUUAUAACAGUCUUAAAGUCUGGGUAAGAAUCUAUUCGAUGACAUCAUAUCAAUGAGUAAUAAUCACCUGAACCAUUUUAGCUGUAGACCGUGGAAAAAGUAGAGAUCGUUCUUUCCUUUUUACAGACCGUUUUCAGCCGGCUAUGCACAAGUUCAGGUGCGGAAUAUCCAAUCGUUUUAUGUGGAGCUAUGUGGAGUUCUACUACCUUGGAAGACAGACACCAGUUCGUUCCUUCGUGAUUAGACAUGGUGAAGUAGACUGGUCAUUCGAAAUGUUCGCGUCGUAGUCGGGAAGGUAACUGUAAUUCUUUAGUUCUGCAGUUCGUUCAUCUAAAGACAACUGAUGCGAUCGCUUCUUCUUCUUCUUCUUCUUCUUCUUCUUCUUCUUCUUCUUCUUCUUCUUCUUCUUUCUUCCUCUUAUUCUUGUUCUUACUACUACUACUACUACUACUACUACUACUACUACUACUACUACUACUACUACUACUACUACUACUACUACUACUACUACUACUACUACUAA